GAAAAAUAAAUCUAAGUCUGAAAGCUCCCUCUCAUCUUCUCAUACUAGUACCACCCAACCCCUUCUCUCUUCAAUUCAAACGUCAACAACAACAACAACAACAACCCAACAUACUUGCUUCAAAUCUAAUCCUAGUACUCCUACCAAAUUUGAUGAUUAUCAUCCUCAAAUCCCUUCCAUCCCAUGUUGUUCUAACAUUUUUUCAAGGCCUUGGAGCAGGUUAAAGCUGUGGUGCAGCUCGGUUUCCAUGGCGAGUCAGAUGGAUUUGGUGGUUCGCCAGCCUACCAAGAUUAAUAGAAAGAAGAAGCUUGGUGGGCAGCAGAAGAGAGAGGAGCUUGAAAGAGAGGUCUCUAUGCUUCGCAAAAUGCUAGAACAUCAACAACAGGUUCAUGAAAUAAUGGAGCGUGUACAUCAUAAACAUGACAUUUCUGCUCUGUCUAUAUCAAACCACCUUCCUCCCAAGGUGAAAGAGCUGCUGGCAGAGUUAGCUAUGGUUGAGGAUGAGAUCUCUCGAAUGGAAACCCAAAUCAGCCAACUCCAAUCCGAAUUGAAUCACGAAAAAGAAGUCAUUAAAGAACAUCAUAAGAUCAAACAAUUGCAACAACAACAACAAAAUGCAAUGUCUCCAAACAACACUCGUGGUGGGUUUUCAUCACUUUCACCAAAUUUCAGUCCCAACAACAAAGUUGAGAGUGGAAGGAUGCCAUUCGAGACAAAGGCUUUGCAUUUCAUAAGUAAAGCGAUAAAAGGCGAUUACAGUUUGAAUUAUGAAAACUUUAGUAGUUUUAAUGAGAGAUUAUUGUUAAGUAAUAAUCACAAGGAAAAAUGCUUGAAUGAUGAUGUUGGAUUUCAAGACCACAAGGCUUUGAGGAAGAGUGGGAUGCUUAAACCAUCCUCACCACUGCGUGAGCCUAGACAUCCAACCCCCAAGAGAGAACAUAACCUGGAGUUCACAAACCCAAUCCAAGCAGAAGAAGAAAGCAUCCAGAAGUGGUCACCAAACAAGCUAUCAGAGAACAUCAUGAAGUGCUUGAUCUUCAUUUUUGUGAGGCUACUUAGAACUUCAAAAGCAAUGGAGCUAGAGAAGUCAGGACCCAUUUCAAGGUCUGCUAACUUCUCUUUAAGCUCAAGAAGCUUCCGGGUUGACACCAUUUCCAACUCAAAUGCAAGCUUGUUGCAGAAAGAGUUGAGGCAACAAGAUCCUUAUGGUAUAUUCACUACAGAUGGAUCCAUCUCAAGGGACAUUGGGCCUUACAAGAACUUGGUUAUAUUCACUUCUAGAAAUUUGGAUCCCAAAUGCAUCUCCAACUCUAGUUCCAUUCCUCUGGUGCAAAGGUUAAGGGUUUUAAUGAACAGUCUCCAGAAGGUGGAUUUGAGACAUUUGAAUUACCAACAAAAGCUUGCAUUCUGGAUCAACAUGUACAAUGCUUGUAUCAUGCAUGGAUUUUUACAAUAUGGAGUCCCUUCUAAUCCCGAGAAACUGCUUACAUUGAUGAACAAGGCGACGCUCAACAUUGGAGGCAACACAAUUAAUGCUCAUGCAAUUGAGCAUUUUAUUUUGAGGAAACCAGCAUCUUCAAUCUUAAAAGAGGUUAAUAGAAUGAGCGAUAAAGAGGAUAAAGAAGCCAUUGUUAGACAACUUUAUGGGCUGGACACAUCAGACCCCAAUGUCACCUUCUCUCUUUGCUGUGGCACUCGUUCUUCUCCAGCUGUGAGAAUAUACACAGCAGAAGGAAUAGCAGCAGAGUUAGAGAAAUCAAAGCUAGAAUACCUUCAAGCCUCCAUUGUAGUGACAAGCACAAAGAGGAUUGCUCUCCCUGGACUUCUUCUUCGAAACAUGCAUGAUUUCGCCAAAGACAUGGAAUCACUUAUUGAGUGGGUUUAUCACCAGCUUCCAACUUCCGGGUCUUUGAGAAAAUCCAUGGUGGAUUGCUUUAGGACACUCAACCCUGCAAAGGUCUCUACCAUUGUUGACAAAACCCCUUAUGACUCUGAAUUUCAAUAUCUCUUGUCUAUAUAAAAUUUGAGAGUAAUGUAAUAUACAUAAACGAAUUUAUAAUCAGAUCAAAAAUAGUGAGAUUCAUAUUAUUUAUGUGGGAUCCACGUUUUUGAGUUUGAUGGUAAAUAAUUAAAAAUUCGUUUAUGUAUUAUCUCAAACUGUUAUUCAGUGAAAACUUAUUAGAGAUAUGUAUGCAAAAGAUGAUGGAAGACAUUAUGCAAAGUUCAAUAA